AUGAAUGCGCUGCAACAGACGCUCACGCGUCUGCAUGCGUUCUGCCGACCAGUACCGGACAACCCUGCGACAGAGGGGCUCCUCACAGCACCAUCGCCGCCACUGACGCAGGUAGAGGCACUGGCAAGUGCGAUGAGCUCGGGUCGGUUGCCACGGCGACAUCUUCUCGCCGCGCCUGCACCGCUCCUGGCGGCCUUUCUCAAGCGAUCGCUCAUGGCACUGCCCGAUCCGCUCCUGCCCCCGGCAGCGUACUCCCUGCUUCUGCCGACGGAUUCAUCGUCGCCCGAUGCAUGCGACGCAGACUCUGUGGCAGCAGCCCUGAGCGCUGUUCCGCCGCAAGAUCUGGCCGUCGUGCUGUCCAUCUUUCAUCUGGUGCACACGGCGCUGCUUGCGGUGAGAGACGAGCGCGGCGAGGGCGAAUACAGUCGGUACCUGCUUGCGCUCGCAGAAGAGCUCGCGCCACCGCUCCUCCGAGCCGCGGAUCUCAAGACGUCUGUGACCAACGCUGGGCGUGCUGUAGCGGUCAUGGUCUCGCUUCUCGACGUCGAUGCGCCAUCGUGUGUUGCUGCCAGCGUGCUUGCGCGCGAGAAGAAGCUGAGCGAGUCGCUGGUCAUGCCUGAGGUCUUUGGCGCAACGCUGGCGAAGGAGCAUGAGCCCAGCAAGGUACCACCAUUUGUGGACGCUGUCUUUGGUGCCGUCCAAACGACGCUGGCCUCGCCGCCGUCUGCGCCGUUGCUGCACACGCUCUGGGGCCUCUUCGUCCCACCGGUGGUUGGGAGCGGAGCGGCCAGCGGCUCGGCCGGCGUCUCGCUCGCCAACGACGUCCGCAAGGCUCGGGCGGGCAUGGCUAAGGCCAAGUCGUGGGCAGACGCACUCAAGGGCAAGUCACCGGUCGUUCUCAGCCUGCUCUUUGUGCAGUACCUCGACGAGCUCGCCACGCCGCUCAUUCCCUACGAGGUGGCGACGGCCGUACUCAGUGCAGGUGGCACAGACCACGCUCCGCUCCUCACCCGCAUGCACCCGGUCCACCAGACGGUCCUCGCCCAGCUGGUGCUCCUCCUUCAGUCGCUGGUUGCCUCGCUUGAUGCUGUCGCUGGCUGGGCCAAGUCCAUGGUUGGCCGUAAGACAAAGGCGCGAUCGUCGCGGAUUAAGGCUCGGACCGCUGAGCUGGCAGCGAGAGUCGAUGCCGAAACCUCAGCCUACCGCCUCGCCACUGCGCUCGGCUCGCAUCUUUUCGCCUCUCACCGCAUCCCGAUUAUCCGGCAGUGGCUGACCGGCGCUGACAACGCAACGUUCUCGGCCAUGGCCUCGGCGGCGCGCAACGUGGCGCUCCCGCGGCCACAGACAGACUCGGCUUCAACACUGCCGCAGACGGGCGGCGCGUUGCAGUCGGCCUGUGCAUCAGAGCCAGCCAGCUUGUCGCAGCUGGAUCUGCGCGACUCGGCACCCCACCUCGAGUCGUCAACGUCGAUGUCGCUGGCUUCAGCGAGCUCAGCCGUACGACCGCUCUCGUCGGUCCGCCGCCGGAACAGGCGACUCUCGGACGCGCCGAUGUCUGACUUUCUCAAGCGGCGUUCUCGGGACGCGGGCAUGAGCGACGACGGCCAACAACCGGCGAUGCUGAGCGUGGGUUUGCCUGGGACCCAGUCUGGACCACCAACGCCAGCAUCGGGUCUCGAUACACCAGCCUCGUCGAUGGCCUCAGUCCCGCACUCGCCGUCGGUGGCAUCAGCGAGCGGGGCCUCGGACCGCUCGCUGCAGCGAGCGUUCUCGUUUGACGACGCUGAUGCGGGUUCGGAUUCCGCGGCUCUGUCAACACUACUGGAUGCCCUCGCAGCACCGGACGGUCUCGACUUUACCACCAUUUACCUUGCCGCAAGCUCGGUGCCGCUGCAAGACACUCUGGCUGCUAUCACCAAGGUGGUAGCUGCGUUUGUUGGCCAGAUGGAGCAGCGGUGGCGAGUUCGAAAGCAGUUCCGCCAACCGCAACUUGGCGAGUUGCUCGGCGCCCUUCUUGUUGUCCUCGAUCCGAUUGUUGAUCACCGCAGGAGUACGGCUGCCGCGACUGAGCUUGGCUCCUUGGAAAGCUGGCUGGCGAUGACGCAGCUGCCGACACACGACGUGGCGUUGUUGCUGCUUGCUUCGUUUGACGCACUGCUUCGUGAUGUGGCUCGAAGCGGAGCUGGCCCGACGAACCAAGCUUUGAGUGCAACGUCAGCUGCGGUGCUGCUUGCCAGGCUGGCGGGCGAUGCAGCCGUCCUGGCGUGCAAGGACAAGUCCGGACUGGCGCGCGGGCUUGUGAUGGCAAUUGCGACGUUUCUCGAGUCGGUGUGUGAUGCUCUUGGCGGUGCUGGGGCUCAAGCGGCCCGGGCACGCGAGCUACUGGCACCGUGCCUUUCGCACCUUUUCGGCGCUCUGACCGAGUGUCUUUGGGUUUGCGAGGUGCGCGAGAGGGAGCUCAACGCGACGCCGAGCAUCAAUGCCAACUUUGUGUCGCGGACGUUCCAGGUCCUGCAUCAAGUGUGGGGCGCCGUGGUCGGCGCGUUCAUCGACGGGGCGCUUGGAUCGCCAGCGGCGGCACGCGCGGCCGACACGUUGUAUCUUUAUCUGCUGUCAUUACUCGAGGUGGACGCACUGCUGUGGACGCAGGACCUCGUGCUGGAGGCGGCGUCACAAUGGGUGCUGGAGGCGUCAACCCGAGUCGGAAUCCAGCUGGGAUGCCAGGGCGCAGCUCGGGAGCCGUGGACGUCAUCGCUCCGCGACGCUGUGCUGGUAGCAGUGGCACAGAUGCUCGCGUUUCUCUCUGACAAGGCCUCUUCGACGCGUCUGACGUAUCCAGGCAUCCAUGCAAUCGACGCACAUGUGCCAGCCGCACUUGUGCUCCUCGCGCAGCGGCUGGCUGAAGACGGCCCAGAGGACGAGGCGACGAACGUGGCGCAACUUCUGGGCGAGGCGCUUGUCGACGCGGCCAUGUCGACUGGAGCGCGGCAGCUGCACGCAGUCUUUACCGCGUCGGCGGUGCUAACGACACCGGCUGUGCUCGGCAUAGUUCUCUCCCACGGUGUGACGCGCGGCCUGCUGCCGCUGGCGCGAGACCGAGCAGAGGCGACCGGGUGCGUUAAGCUUCUGGCCGAGCUCAUCGGGUGCGGAGUGCGGCUGGGCGGGCGCGGGGCGGAUUUGGAGACGUGGGCGCGCCCAGGUGCGGCGGCGCUGCUGGCGCUGGCGUCGCGAUGGAUUGACUUGUUUGUCUCUGUCCCACACGAGCGGCUGUUUGAAGAGACGCUGCUGCUCGAAAAGAUGCUGGGCAAGCCGGAGAGACGGAUGCCCGCAAGCACAGAGCUGGCCCAGGAUGUUCUGGCACUCGCGGCGGUGCUCGCGGCGUGGUCACCGGCCGAGUCAACGGUGCGUGGCACAGGCAGCCGGGUUCGGCGGGGCGCUGCCAAGUCUGGCGCGGGUCUUGCACGAGGAGCACGUGAGCGGCACUACGCUCGAAGCGCUUCUGCGCGAGUCGUUGGCAUCGUUUGGGCCGAGCGUGUGGGCGGCGUGAACGAGGUCUCGCUCUUUCUCACCGGCGCGUACGCUCUCAGUGACGGGCAUGCGCUCCUGGAGCUUGCAAGCGCGCAUGCAGAGCAGUGCGCGCCGUCGGCCGGUUAUGGAAGCAACGUGUUCCUGGCCGAGGCUCGGAGUCGAUGCGGCGCUGCUGGCGAUAGCGCCGGGCUUGGGCGCCUGAUGUGGAUGGAAGUAGUGUGGACGGCAAAGGGCAUACCUGUGGCAAGGACACAGCUGGGCAAGGCAAGACUUGUGGCCGUGCUGCAGAACGAGGCGGCUUUGCUGGUGGCCACCAUCGACGCGCUUGCAGCGCUCGAGAGCGGCGGAGCGUGGGACUUGGCACACGAGGUACUUGACGUGCUCGACGCGGUCUACGGCGACUCGCCCAAGGAUCGACACGGCAUCGCGCUGCGGCGAACGGGCGUGUACGAGGCAAUGGCGUUGUCUGGCGAGCUUGGGCAUGUAGCUCUCCCACGAUGGGGCGUCAUCUACCUCUACACGGGCGAGGACGGCAGCGAGCACGUGCUCGCACAACUUUCGGUUGGGCGCGAGCCAUGCCUUUUGGCAACGCCCGGGCCGGAGCUGACGGCAUCGCAUGCGCUCUGGCUUGCAGCGCAGAACUGGCAAGCCGGGCGGUCGCUGGGCACCAUGUUGGCGACGGCGACCCACAACGGGUGUGUCGGACAUGCAGUUCUCCCGCUUGAGUGCGGAGUCGAUGGCAUGACGUGGAUGUACCUCGCCGAGGAUGUGAUCGAGGUCCACUUUAGUGUCAGCGGAUGGAGCGCGCCGUAUGUGGCGGAUGCGCCUGCGGUAUGGGCCGAGGUCUUUGUGGCUAGCCGAAGCGUCGAGUAAAGGCGGGCGUGAUCAGUGGA